AGAAAAAAUUGUUCCAAAAGUUUUCAUCAACAAAAACAAAAUGAAAUUAUAAUGAAUCAUCAUAAUUAUGAUAAUGGUAGUGAUCAAAGCAACCGUUACAUGGAAUCAAUCAAUCUUGGUAAUCAUCAUCAACCUCAUUCAACUAGUCAAUUUUAUAAUAAUAAAGGAUCUCAUUAUCCGAUUGUUUCGAAUGAAUUAAAUGAUGACGAAAGUCACCAGAAGAAUAAUAAUUUUUGUUUAAAUCGAAAAAAAGACAUUUAUCAUCAUCACCAUAAUAAUCAGGUACAAUCCAAAACGAUUUCCAAUGAAAUGGAUAUUCAACAACAAUGUAAAUCAAUCGAAAUCGAUAAUGAAGUAGAAUGUAAUAAUAACAACAAUGAUAAUGAUGAUGAUAAAAUCGAACAAACACAAAAAUCUGUACAAAUUUUAACACCAACAGAAUCGGAACAAAUUUUAUUUGAUCCACAAUUUUCAGCUGCCGAUUUAUUUAUCAAUCAACCGACAACAUCAUCAGUUUCUAGUAAAAAAUGCAAUCAUUAUGUUAAUCAUAAUAAUUCUGAUUCAACGAAUAAUCAACAAUUGUUAUCAUUAAAUGACGACAACAUCAGUGACUGUGAUGAUUCCACGUUUUCUUUGAUUAAUAGCCAUAAUACUUUUGAUGAUGACGAUGUUUGUAGUGGUGGUGAUGGUGACCACAGCAACAACAAUAAUAAUCGCCAUUAUGUAUCAAACAAUCAGCCAACGACUUCGACGGCAUAUUGCAAUUGUUCAUCUGAUGAAAUUCAGCCAAUAACGUAUCGAAUUUGUUUAAACUGCCAAAAACCAUUAAGUUUUUCGAAUGAUAAUAAUAGCCACAUAGCGACGAAAUCUGAGUCGAUACAAAAAUGCAUCAAUUUAUUACAUAGUUCAUCAUCGGUACCUUUUAUCAGUAUUGAUAAUCAUUCACCAACUGCUGCUGCUGCUGCUGGUACAGUAUUUCAUUUAGUCGAUCAACAACGACCAAUAACGAAAAACAUUGUCUAUAGAUCCAUCAUCAACAACAAUAGUGAUAAUAGACGGGAUGAUUUGAUUGAACCAUCAACAGAAGAAUCAUUGUUUCAUCAAAAUUCAUCAUCAUCAUUCCUUAUGAUGACAAAAGAAGAUGGUGACGACGACGACGAUGAUGAUUAUGAUAGGCCACAAUUUUGUCGUAAAUGUAAUAUUUGGUAUGGUACCUUUGACCCUAGUUAUCCUUUAACAUGUCAUUGUCCAGAAAUAAUUAAAUCGAAUGCCAUAAAUAUGAAUGAUAGUGGAUCAAUAUAUUCAGUUCAUAUGCGUAAAGAUUUUAGAUAUUAUUUUCAACAUCCAUAUUCUCGUUUAUUUGUUGCCUAUUUUGUUAUUUUUUGUAAUUUUCUUAUAUUUGCCGAAGAUCCAUUGAGUCAUUCAUUGAUGGAAUGUUCGAUACCAGUGUUGGGUAAUGUUAUAUCGUUAUUGUUCACCAAAUAUCCACGAGAAUUUGAAUGGCAAUUUAUCAAAGCAUCUAUGUCUUUGUCAGCUAUUAUACUUGGUUUAUUUAUUGGCAAAUUCUUUUUACAUCAUAUUGUUUUACGGCGAAUACUACGGCUGAAAAUGUUUCGUGAAGAAAGUGGUACAUGGAUGAUUAUGUUAAUCUCAUCGGUUAUAUCAUGUUAUUUUGUUUCACAAAUUUACAAUACUUUAUUACUUAUGUUUCAUCCAUCAUAUCAUGGUUAUUUGAUUACAUCAAAAAUGGGCAUAACUUAUUCAUUGUUUAUGAAAAUUGCUGCAUGUGGAACAUGGUGUGGUGAUUUUUUCACUGCCUGGAUGAUUACCGAUAUGAUGUUACAAGAUAAUCUCUAUCCAAAUUGGGCUAUCAGUCUUCGUGCUUUUUGGUAUAAACAUGCCAACAUUCGUAUAGUGGUAUUCUGGUCAGGUUCAUUAGUCAUUGCCGCUUCAGUCAUAACAAUCAUUCUGACCGAAGUGAUUUGUUGGGAUUGUUUAACGUAUGGCUUAUUCUCAACUACCGAAUUUUCUCGUGCAUUCCUUGCUUCAUCCAUUUUAGUCAUGGAUCUAUUGAUUGUAAUGCAAGAUUGGGAUUUUCCUCAUUUUGUCUGUGAUCUUAAUAUAAAAUUACCUGGUCUUCUACAGCCAUCGUAUACAUUGAAUUUUUUUCGAAAAUCACUAAAAUUUCCAUCGGUUGAAAUUAAAAUUACUGGCAAAUGGUUCAACUAUGGAAUUAUUAUGUUUGUAAUGAUGUUGGAUUUGAAUAUGUGGAAAAAUCAGGUCAUCUAUUAUCCACCUGAUUAUGGUCAAUAUGUUGAUGCCAACACCAAACGUGUAUGUAGUAUUACUGAUCAGAAAUCGAUCACUGUUUUGCAUCGAGGAGAUGGCAUGAUUGAAUGGACAUAUAAAAAUCGUAGUCAAAUGAUUGAUCCACAAACAAAUCGUACAUACAUUGAAGAAGAUCUAAUGAUUUAUGCACGUUAUUUUGGUUUUGCAUGGGUAUACAAAAUGGCCAGUUUGAUUCCAAUUUUAGCUGGAUUUGCAUUUUUCUUAUUUUUGGUUUAUUUUUACGGUCGAUUUCCACCAAAAACUGAUGCAUCAUUGGGUGGUAGAUUACCUAAACGAAUAUCUUAUCGUUCAAGUUGGCGUCGUGAACGUCGUGAUAAUCGUAUUGGAAAAAAUCAUCAACAUCGACAUAUUUCUUGGCCAGGAUUCAAUACAGUAUUUGAUGGUUAUCGAAAUCGAUAUGAUUUAUCCGUGAUACAAAACAAUAUAAAUCCGAAUAUAAUUAAUAAUCAAAAUCAAUUGACAUCAAACACAAAUGAAGAGAAAAUAUCAAAAUCUGAUGAUGAUUCGAAAUCGACUGCGAAUCAUCAUCUAAUAAAUACUUUAAUAACCAACUUAAUGGCACCAAUAUCAUCUCGUUUCAUAAUGUCAAUACCAUCGACAUCGAUGAAAAUUUGUACAUUAAUGAUGCCUGCUACCGUAACCAAUGAUAAAUGUUUGAAAAUAAAUGAAAAUAUCAAUCUAAAUCGUUUCAAUAUUUACGAAAUGACAAAAGAUUAUUUGCAUACCGUUAACAAUAAUGCUGGUGGUGGCCAUCAACAUCGAUCAUCAUUAAAAACAACAACAACAACAACAACAUCAACAAUGUAAAUAAUAAAACUCAAAUGCAACCUUGGUGUAAUAACAAGAAAAAAGUUCCAAAAUUUCCAUUAUAAAUCUUUUAACUAAUGUUUUUUUAAAAAUUAAAUAAAUUGUGAUAUAUAAUUGUUUUUCU